ACAGAAAGACCGGGGGCUUUAUAAACGUCCACUGCGUUCACUCUGCCUCGCUGCUCGUUUCAUUUCAUCGUUUUUUUUUUUCCUCCGUCUUGUUUUUCCAUCAGCACUCACCAAAAUGCCCAGCAAAGCGAAGAAGAACAAGCGUCGCAUGAGGAGGGUGCAGGCCCAGAGGAGAGCGCUUGAAGAGCAGCAUGCCGCUAACCCACCGAUCAAAUGCGGGCCCGGGAUCGCAGUGCUUGCGCCCCCUGCAGCAACCCCAAAGAAAGCGGCUAAAACUCCAGUGCCAGCACCAGCACCAGCACCAGCUCCACAGAAGAUCCCAGAGCCAGUUCCUGUUGCUGUCCCCAUUGUGGAGACCCCUAAAGUAGAACCAGAACCACUUGUUAAAGAACUUGUUGCAGAGCCCGUCCCAGUUGUGGUACCGGCACCAGAACCUGAGCCUGUGUUGUUGGAACAGACUCCAGCAGAAGUUGAGAUUGAAGUCCCAGCACCUGUCCCCGAAGAUGCACCAGUUGUUGAGAUUCCUCCAGUGGAGCCUCCUACAGUUGAAGUUGCUGUAGAACAGGAACCCGAACCCAUCAUUCCUGAAAUAGAACCAGAACCUGAGGUCAUACCCCCAGCUGAGGCUCCAGUGGUGGCUCCUGCUGAGACUGAGAUUCCGACAGUCGACACAACAGUCAUAGAAACAGAGACUGAACAGACGUCUGAAGUCUGUGAGCCAGAGACUGAAGUGGAAGCCGAGGCCGUUGCAGAGGAAGAAACUGUGACUGAGGUGGAGGUGGUGAUCCCAGAAGACGUCGUCGUACCGGAGUCUGAAAUAGAAAUAACUGAAGAACCAGCGGCGGAAGUGGUAGAGGAGAUUAGCAGCGAACAAGUUGAAGCUGAACAAGUUGAAGCUGAACAAGUUGAAGCUGAACAAGUUGAAGCUGAACAAGUUGAAGCUGAACAAGUUGAAGCUGAAAAAGUUGAAGCUGAACAAGCUGAAGCUGAACAAGUUGUAGUUGAACCUGUUGCAGAUGAGAUGGUAACAGAAACUGUCGCUGAAUCAGUAGUGGAAGUAAUCUCAGAGGUACCUGAACCUGAACAAGUGACUGAAGCAGCUGUUAGUCCUGCAGCUCCAGCUGAGGAGGAAGAGGAUGAAGGUGAAGUAGAAGUAUUGGCUGAAAAGGAUGCACCUGAAGUUCCUGCUGAGCCUGUUACAGUCACAGAGGAUGUUCCUGUCCAGUCCGUGGAAAUCCCAGUGGUGCCAGACACCAUCCCCGAGACUGUGGUAGAAGAGGCAGCACCCAUCGUUAAUGAAACUACAGAGGUUGUUGCUGACAUGCUGGUUGAUGACUUUGUUGUCACAGAAUCUGUCUCAGCAGUAGAAGUUGCCAUUGCUGAGUCUGCUGCUGCUGUCGAACAGGACGUCGUGGCCACAAUCGACACCCCCAUCGAUGUUCCCCAGACAGAAUCCAUGGAUGUGACUCCUGCUGAGCCUGAGCCUGCUGUUGUUGUACCUGCAGAGGAAAUGAUCAUUGAUGCUGCCACUGAGCAGAAAUGUCUGGAUAUGCUGUCAGAAGAGCCUAAAUCAGAAAUGUGUGACAUGCCGUGUCAGAUGCAGCUCGCUGUGGAGUCUGUGCAGCUCAGCUCAGUGGAGAUGCCAGUGGAGACAGCGUUGAAUGGACACAUUGUUCCAGAGGUCUCUAUUGAGGGCUAAAGCCACAACACGCAGCUCGGAAAGAGACCUUGUUUUCUUUAUUCCCCUUUGGUCAUUUGUAGGACUCAAAGCUUUACAGGGAGUCGGCAAGCUGACCUUCUCAUUUUUUCGGCUUAGGAACAGAACCGCCAGGAAAUUGAAGGGACAUCCACACUUUGAAGUGCCUUUCCUGCCCUGGUUUCUGUUAAAACAUCAGACCAGAUGUCAAAAACCGCUGCAUUCAUGGCAGCAUAACAGACUGGUGAAACAAACAUAUCGUGGCUCCUCUUAAUCUGUAUCUUCCACCCUCCCAAAAACCACAUACACUUCAUUUUUCUAUUAGCAGUGGAUGCAGAAGUGCUUGAGAGAUUCCUUAAAUAAGAUAAAUGGCAAAUCUCUCCAGAACAUCUGCCUCCACACGGCAGACACUCGGUGCAUGUGAAUACUGUAGCAUCAGUGAAUGUGCCUGCAGUUUGUAUUCAGACCUUUGUUCAUAAAGGGGGAACAACUUUUUGUGUUGUUUUUAUUACGUUUCACUGAUUUCACUCACCAGGGUCAUUUUAGCAGAGACACAAAUUUCCCCUUUCGCCUCCAUUUCUGUCUCCUCUGUCCUACAGCUCUCUCUGCCUCGACUAAGUGCCGAUGUUAAGGUUAAUGUGACGCUAAAAACUGCAUCCUGAAGCUAGAAUUCUAGGUUUUAUGGCCAAUGGAGUCUGGAGAAUGACAAGAGUUUGAGUGGAUGAGCUCAUUUUCUGUUUCUUUUUGUUUUUCACUUUCUCCUUUUGUAAUUCAUUUUGUAUAGACCAUAUUGAUGGGCUACAGUUUUGUGUUCAAAGCCUGUGCUCCGGAGGGGAAAUCUAGUGUGAUCUGAUGAUUACUGUCAAGCUGUAGAUAGGCUGACUUGAUCUUUGAAAUAAAGCUGUAUCUCAUCGUGA